UAUGUUUACUAAAAGAUCAAAUAGACAUGAAAUAGUAAUGAAAUCAAGAAUUGACAAUACUCCUCCAAGGAUAAAUGGCAAGGCUCUGGAUUUUGUUGACAAGGCCAGAUUUCGAAGGGAAACGAUGAAACAGUUAGAAGAAGAAAAUAGAAAAUUAUUAGAAAAAGUGGCAAAGAUUCUUGCCUCUACCAAACAAUAUGACUUACGAGGAAAUGAAGCGGAGAGACGGAAAAGGGAAAAAAGACAAGAGCAAAGACGUUUAGAGAAGAUAGCGGAAGAGAAACGAAUUGAAAAGGAUAAUUUAAAAUUGUCUAAGAGGUUAUCAAAGGUCAGUUGA